AUGCUCGAGGCCCAUCAAGUUGUUAUUUCAAAGCAUCAGAAUGACCGAGUAACCUAUGCCUCGCUGGACAGUAGGAGCAAUGCGCUUGCUCGAGGACUCGAGUCGGUGGGUGUACGCAAGGGAGAGCGGGUUGGAGUCAUGCUUGGCAACUCUAUGGAAUACGCGGUGACAACAUACGCACUGUUCAAACUGGGUGCCAUUUUGGUCCCCCUCAAUCCCUCUUUCAAUGCCACACAAGUGAUUGCCGCAUUGGGUCAUCUUGAAUCAAGCCAUCUUAUUAUAAGCGCAGAGUCAAAUCUUCCGCGAAAAGAACCCCGAAGCAAUAUUCCCUUGCUCCAAGAACUGGUUACAGAUCUUUCCGCAUUGAAGAUUGAGUCUUCUUUGGUCCCUUCCUUGAAGAAUAUCGUUCUUGUCGACAAUUCCGAAGGCCGUGUGGAUUAUUCAUCUUACAAAAGCAUAACACCAUACACAUCUAUCAUGUCUCAAAUUGCUGCAGAUGGUCGCCCACUUCCUCCCCAGAAUCUUUCACCACACGAUGUCGUAAAUAUCCAGUUUACAUCAGGAACAACAGCAAUGCCAAAAGCAGCCUGUCUCAGCCACCACUCUAUCUUGAAUAAUGGCUCUCAGAUUGGUGAUCAUAUGCUUCUUACUCCCAAUGACAUUGUCUGCUGUCCACCACCACUGUUCCAUUGCUUCGGAUGCAUAUUGGGAUAUAUGGCAACGGCAACACAUGGCGCAGCAAUUGUAUUCCCCAGUGAAUCGUUUAAUGCACGUGCUGCAUUGAAAACGGUCCAAGAAGAACAGUGUACAGCUUUAUACGGUGUACCCACAAUGUUCCUCGAGGAACUUAGUCUGAUCGAGAAAGGAGAAAUCUCACAUGAGGGGUUCCAGCAUCUUCGGACCGGCAUCGCUGCUGGAAGUAGCAUCCCCGCGGAACUAAUGAAAAAGCUACACAAAGUGCUGAACCUCACCGAGUUGACAAUUUGCUAUGGAAUGACCGAGACCAGCCCUGUAUCUGCCAUGACUACUACCGACGAUCCUAUCGACAAACGAAUCACCUCUGUUGGGAAACUAAUGCCGCAUGUUGAAGCCAAAAUCGUGAACCCGGAAGAUAACACAAGUACCCAGCCAAUUGGGGCUCGGGGCGAAUUGGUUGUGAGCGGAUACUUGCUCAUGAAGGAGUAUUGGAACGAUCCAGAGAAGACAGCAGAGGUUAUGAUCCCGGAUGAGGCUGGGAAAGUAUGGAUGCAUACCGGCGAUGAAGCUUCCAUGUCAGCAGACGGAUACAUUACCAUCACGGGCCGGAUAAAAGAUCUCAUCAUCCGUGGUGGCGAGAACAUCCACCCUCUAGAGAUCGAGAACUGUCUUCUCGCUAACACCGAUGUUGCCGAUGUAUCGGUUAUUGGUGUCCCUGACGCGCGGUAUGGUGAGGCUGUGGCUGCAUUUGUGAUAGCUCGUGAGCACAGCAUGAACAAAGUUGCUGCUGAGGAUAUUCAACAAUGGGUUCGUGAUAAGCUCAGUAGCCAUCUCGUUCCGAAAUAUGUUUUCUUCCUGGGUCCUUUGGAGUCGUUUCCUAAAACGGCAAGUGGGAAGAUUCAAAAGUUCAAGCUCCGACAGAAGGCUCUGGAGAUUUUAGCUCUCAAGGCAGCGAGUGCAUGA